CUCAUCAUGGUACACCGAAGACACAUGCAGUCGCAUCAGCGACAGAAGCUGCGAGAAAGGAAUGUCCAGGAAGAUGAGGCACCGAGGCUAGAGAAGCGCCAGCGCGGCGGGAGUCUGAGAGAUGCUUGGGAUGAUUUCACAGAGGGUGUCAGGGACGCGUUUAGCCCACCGCCGAAGACCACCAAGACCGAGGAUGACGAGAAACCCACACCGAAACCGCAGGGUGGUAGGACACAUGUCACGACCGCUCCAGAGUCGGCGUCCAGACCUACACCCACCCCCACAAAUCGCAUUGUUGUGACGAAGACCGGUGAGCAGGUCAAGGGCACCCCUCUGAUCGCCCCGAGUGAGUCCAAGGCAUCCGAAGCAAGUAGCACUCCCACGUUGCACGAUUCGACCUUGCCCCCCUCUAUCCCUGCGCCCACGCAGCCACACGCUUCUGGGACCGAUGUCCCGUUGGCCGUGGCCAAGGACACACCAACCUUGCCAUCAGCUCCCAGUUCAACUCCAACACCAUCCAGCGCUGCAAGCAAGGCGGAAGACUCUAGCAGUUCAACCGCCAAGGCGGGAAUUGCUUUCGGUAUCAUUGGUGGUCUGCUGCUUUUCUCCCUACUCAUCUUCUUUGUCUUCAAGAAGCGCAAGCAGCAGAUAGAGAGGCGGCAACUCCGGGAGGAGGAUGAAAAGUUCGCGGGAGCAUUCGCAGCGGUCCCCAGCUCCACCGCACGCCGGUCAUCUCGCCAUCAAUCCCAACGCUCGAGUAUGACGCCCCUGAACCGACAGCCAACUCUGCCCAUGAACCUGGGCGGUGCCCCUCCCGUCUACCCCAAGAACUCGGAUAGCGCCUGGGAGAGGCCGCGCACUGGCAACAGCGCCAACAACCCGGCGAACCCCUUUGGCAACCACGCCGAGACGAUGGAGCAAGCGUCUGUAUCUCCCGCCGCCGGACAGAACGAAUCCUUUGUCGGCACCGGAAUGCUCACUCGCAAGCAGUCCAUCCGCAAGGAUGCACCUCAACCCCUCGACCUGACCCUACCUCCUGUACCUGAAGCCGGCGGUAACCAAGCUAGCCCUGCCCGGACUGAAUACAGCACACACGAGCUGUCGCCGGGUGUCGCUGCCGUUGCAUCACCUGGAGCUGCCGCCAUCGCUGCUGCUGGUGGCCCUGCACAAUCCGCUGUACACCGCGUACAGCUCGACUUUAAACCUACUAUGGAAGAUGAGAUGGAAUUGAAGGCCGGCACGCUUGUGCGCCUACUAUUUGAGUAUGACGAUGGAUGGGCGCUCUGCAUCCGUUUGGAUCGCUCCCAGCAAGGUGUGGUUCCAAGGACAUGUCUCUCCACGCGUCCACUCAAACCUAGGGCCGGUGGCCCACCUGGACAGCGACCAGGUCCACCGGUCAACGCAUACCGGGGAGCAAGCCCCCCGGUUGCCAUGCAGACUCAGGGAUACAAGCCCCCGAGUCCAGUCGGCAGCAUGCGACGGCAGAGCCCAAUUGAGCCCAGCCCCAUGCAACCACCGCCCCAACAACAAGCAACGCCGAUCAACGGCCAACCAGGCCACAGCCGGGCACAGCAGUCGAUCGAGCGAAAGCCGGUCCCUGGCCAGGCCAUGUGA